AUGGGGCCUCUCCCCGCGCCUGCCAGCUUCAGAGCUGGCCUCGCCUGGGCUCUGCUUAGCGUCAGUCUGGGGAUGGAUUUAAGUUUGCAGGAAAGUUUGCUGUUAAAAUCCUUGGGUUUGAGCACCAAGCCCAGCCCCAAAAUCCCCAUUCCUGUGCCGUCUGUGCUCUGGCGGAUCUUCCAGAAGAGAAAGAUGCCUCCUGCAAACAAAGACCUGGCGGAUGGCUGUAGGGUGGAGGAAUUUAAUGUCCCGGGGAACAUCAUCCGUGUCUUUGCUGACCAAGGCCACUUCAUUCAUAGCGGGCAGCCCCAGACGUUGCUGUGCCUGCAGAAGCGUCUGUACUUUAAUCUCUCCGUGCUGGAGGAGGGCGAGCGCUUGACAAUGGCUCAGCUGGAGAUCAGAUUCAGCCACAACUCCUACCACACGUCCAGCCGGGGGCAGGUUUUUGAGCUGAGGCUGUACCAAGCCCCCCAGCUGCCUCUGCGGGGGACGCCCUCCCACGAGCCCGGCCGCACGCUGCUGGUGGAGCAGUCCUUCGCCCGGCUGCACAAGUCUCUGCUCUUCAACCUGAGCGGGGUGGCGAAGGACUGGAGAACUCACAGUAGGAAUCUGGGCCUGAUCCUGGAGAUCUCGGUGAGCAGCGGAGGCGGAGCGUCAGCCGGGGCGAGCGGGGGGCCGCAGAGCCUCUGCGCCAGCAUCGACUCCUUCCUGGAUACCUCUCUCUUGGUGGUGAGCCUCAGCCAGCAGCAGUGCCGGGCCUCCAGGAGGAGGAGGAGUGCUUACAACAUCCCCGUCACGCCGAGCAACCUCUGCAAGCCCAGGCGGCUUUACAUCAGCUUCAGCGACGUCGGCUGGGAGAACUGGAUCAUCGCCCCGCAGGGCUACAUGGCCAACUACUGCCUCGGUGAGUGCCCCUUCCCCCUGACGGCCGAGCUCAACAGCACCAACCACGCCAUCCUCCAAACCAUGGUGCACUCGCUGGACCCCGAGGGGACGCCCCAGCCCUGCUGCGUCCCCGUCAGGCUGUCCCCGAUCUCCAUCCUCUAUUACGACAACAACGACAACGUGGUGCUGAGGCACUACGAGGACAUGGUGGUGGAUGAGUGUGGCUGCCGGUAGCGGAGGGGCUGCGUGGGUGCGC